AUGCGUGUAAUUCACGCGUUCGAGGAUCGCAUCGUCGCUGCUAUUCUUCGACAGCCGGGCUUCCAUCGCGGCGUUGGCCGCAUCCACAAAUAUAUCGACGAGAAACAAAACGGUCGCCACCCGCAUGAGCCGCUUGCUCCUGGCGAGGCUACCGCGGACCCCAACGCCCCCGAACAGACUCGCAGCUUCGUCAAGCACUUUGUCGACGAGCUGCGCAACCAAGCACGCGGCAAGCCGACCGACAUUGACAAGCCGCCUCACAAAUGA